UGUAGAGACUACUGUUGCAGCUCGCCUUCUACCUCUACUUAUAGGCCGCAUCUCCCCACUCCUCGGGCUCCCCACCCGUCUCUCCUCCGCUCCACUUCAACCUCUUUAUUCUGUUCCCGGUGGGCUUGUACACCUACCCAACUUCGCCGCGCAAACCAGCCUCGAUCGUUUCAUUUCUCCCACAUCCUUCGAACCUCGUCCCCAAGAGCGACCCCGAUCAGCUUCGAACUUCCGUUGACGCUGUCCCUUGAUGAUGGCGGGCACCAUUCGAAAGAGAAACCAGGGUGAAGACAACCCGGCGCUAAACACGGCACCCACCACCGACUCUACGAGCGAAACGUCUCGAGAACGGCAAUGCGUCAGUAAUCCGGAGUCUGCAACCGCCGCCUCCGAUCCCACGAUCAAGCGCGAGCCCAAAGCAAAGUCCGAGGGCACGUCAUCGAUGGUCACCCAGCUUAGCAACAACGGCAUCGUGACGCUCGAUGACAUGUAUGACCUCACUCUUGUGGUCGGCGAGAAAGAGCGCCCUGGCGGCAUGAAGGCAUUUCGUGUCAACAGCGUCUCGCUCAGGAUGGCUAGUCCACCCUUCAAGGCCAUGCUCAGCGGACGAUAUGCCGAGAGCAAGCAAUCAGAGAUCCCUUUUCCGGACGACUCGCCCAAUGCCUUCCACACUGUGCUUCGGGUUGUUCACCUGAAGCUUCAUGAGCUCCCAGAGAGUAUGAGCAAGGAUGAGCUCCUGGAGCUUGCAGCGUUCUGUGACAAGUACUUGCUUGCUGACCUUGUCGCUCCAUUCUUCACUAUGAAGAAUUGGCUGGGCCCGCACAAAGGCACCGGACAAUACUUACCUAGCAACGCCGAUAUGCAGGAUUGGGCGUUCGUUGCCUACGUCUUCAGGUUCAAGGAAGACUACGAUUAUCUCGUCGGUGAGCUCGUCAUGUGCACAGCGGUCGACCCGGAUACCAUCGAUUUCUACUACAUGAGCGAUGGCAAGAAGAUAAUGCUCCACAAGGACCUCCCGGUUGCAAUCCUGGAGAGGAUCCGUGUGGCUCGCACUACUGUGCUUCAAGAGAUCCUUGCCGCGUCUAACACGGCACUCACCUCGGCCCUGGCUAUGAAAACGUGUGAUAAACAAGAGAGCGCCAAUUGCGCUGCGCUGCGAAUUGGAAUUCUCAUAAUGGCAUUCCAGGAAUUGGGUCUUUACCCCGUGCUCGACGACACCGUUUCGAUCUACCACAGCGCAUACUCAUACUGGAAGGCGUUUGUUGCUCUUCCCAACAAGCACAAGUUCGGCCCAGAAAAUCAAUAUUCUUACAGAUCAUAUUCUUACAAUACAAACUGUAACUACUCUAAGUGCAUGGGCGAUCUAGGUCUCGUACAACGAGUACGCCAAAGCCUCCGGGAGCAUACCCAUAAAGGACUCUGGCCACGAUUGGGUCUAUGUAAGUGCUGGCCUUCGAAAAGCGCAACGUAGACUGACCUCCAAACAGAAGACAUAUGUCUAGCCGGACGCAAGACAAUGCCUUCGGAAUUCCUCUUCGUUUGCAGACUACUUGAACAUCUCGUCCUUCACAUGCC